AUGUCGUCGAAUUCGUCACCAGAAACAUCAGGUAACUCACGUGAGUCGAAAAAUAGUCCCGAUUCAACAGAUCGUAAGAAAGCAACUCAUUUAAAAUGUGAACGACAGCGUCGAGAAGCUAUUAAUAUUGGAUAUCAGGAAUUGAAGGUGUUGCUUCCAGCAUCAUUUUCGCCCAUUGGAUGUAAAACGACUAAUGCGGCAAUUUUAUUUCGUGCAGCUGAUUAUUUAAAUCAUUUGAAAAAAGAAGAAGGAGAUCUGAAUGAAAGAGUUUCUCAACUAGCUGCACAGGUAUCCGCACUUGAACUUAUCGCCAAGCAAUAUGAAAAUAUGGCAGUAAGCAGUUGUACAUCUGCCAGAUCUUCGAUUCAGUGUCAAAUUAUGCAAGCUUUCCUCGAUUCAUGCUUUGCUUCAUUCCGCAAACAAGUGAAUGUUUCCAGCUUACAAUCCGUAAUAGAGACACUACUACCUUGGGUGGAAAUCCUGGAUUAUGAUAAAAUAUCUCGGGAUACGUUAGACGCUGUGUAUAAAUGUUGA